UCCAAUGCAAUAUUCACUCAAGUUGUUUCCCUCUUGCUUUUAAUAAUUCUGUUGCUCAAGUCUUUAGCCCAAUGGAGAGAAAUCCAGUGCGGAGUCAGCUUGCAAUCAUGAGGCAGUCCUUGUUUGAUGAGGGACACCUGGAUGAGCAAUUCAUAGAGUUGGAGGAACUCCAAGAUGAUGCCAACCCUAAUUUCGCCGAAGAAGUCGUCACCUCAUACUUCCGCGAUUCUGCCAGAUUAAUCCAAAACAUCCACCACUCACUGGAGGGUAAACCUUUUGAUUUCAACAAGUUGGAUGAUUAUAUGCAUCAGUUCAAAGGAAGCAGUUCAAGCAUUGGUGCCAAAAAGGUGAAAGCUGAGAGCACGUUGUUUAGGGAAUAUUGCAGGUCUGGAAAUGCUCAAGGAUGCGUGAGGGCUUUCCAGCAACUGAAGAAAGAAUACACAACACUGAGAAAUAAGCUUGAAGCUUAUUUUCAUCUGGCAAGGCAAUCUGGACCAAUGGACACAGCAAGUCGCCCAAAGUAGUGAUAUAAUAAUAUUCAAUCUACGAAUGAACGCUGAAUUUGUAUGCCCAAAAUUAACCUUGUUUUAUUUUGUUGGCCUCUCAGAUUCUACUUGGAAUUAAACCUAUGUUUUGGAUCGAGUUUGUGAAUAAAUAAAUAUUAGCCUUUUUACUCCAUCA